AUGUCUCCUUUCAUUAGUGAUGAGCGUUCAGGCGCGUUGGAUGUCGAUGAGCUGUUGUCCAAGCUCACAAUAGACGAGAAGGUUUCUUUACUGGCAGGCAAGGACUUCUGGCACACAACACCACUGCCCCAGCACGGCAUCCCGUCGAUACGCCUCUUGGACGGACCCAACGGUAUACGCGGUACAAGAAUCUUCGAUAGUGUCCCUUCAUCAUGUCUCCCUUGCGGUGGGCCAAUGCAGGGACAAGAGGCAAAGGCGAAAGGGGCCGUCGUUGUACUUGGCCCAACCAUGAAUAUCCAGAGAAGUCCCCUUGGUGGCCGCGGCUUCGAGUCCUUCUCAGAAGACCCUGUGCUGUCUGGCUACCUGGCUGGGCACUACUGCCGAGGCCUGCAGCAAGAGAAUAUUGCAGCCACGCUCAAACACUUUGUCUGCAAUGAUAUGGAGGACGAGCGUAUGGCUGUUAAUGUCAUGGUGACGCAACGUGCCCUGCGCGAGAUAUACCUGCUACCAUUCCAGCUUGCCCUUGCCAUUGAAGAUCCCCAGGCUGUCAUGGCGGCCUGGAACCAGGUCAACGGCACGCAUGUCUCUGAGAACAAAGAGCUGCUGCAAACCAUUCUUAGAGAUGAAUGGAAAUUUGACGGACUCGUCAUGAGUGAUUGGUUCGGUACCUAUAGCACAACAGGAGCUAUCGAUGCUGGCCUCGACCUGGAGAUGCCCGGUCCAAGCCGCUGGAGAGGCAGAGCACUUUCUCAUGCUGUAAUGGCCAACAAGGUCACUGAGGCGCAGCUCGACGAUCGCGUACGCAAUGUUCUCAACCUCGUCAACUACUCCAUGGCCGCUGGAGUACCCGAGAACGUACCUGAGAAGCAGCUGAACCGCCCAGAGGAUCAGGCUCUUCUCCGACGCGUAUCAUCGCAAUCCAUCGUCCUUUUCAAGAAUGACAACAGUAUACUGCCAUUCAACAAGUCAAAGACAACGGCCGUCAUUGGGCCCAACGCUAAGAUAGCCCGUUUCUGCGGCGGAGGCAGCGCUUCACUCCUCCCUUACUACAGUGUUUCGCCAUACGAGGGCAUCGCCGCUAAGUGCCAGCAAAAGACGGUCUUUUCUCAGGGUGCAACAGACCAUAAGAUGCUGCCUAUAAUUGGGGAUUACCUCAAGACGCCCCAGGGCCAGCGGGGCUUCAUAUGGAGAGCCUUUAAUGAACCAGCAACAAGCGUAGGCCGAAGACCAAUCGAGGAGCGUGUUCAAACUGACUCCAACUGUUUUCUCAUGGACUAUGACAAUCCAGAACUCGCCGCAGUCUGGUACGCUCAGGCAGAAGGCAUCUUCACGCCUGAUGAGAGUGGUCUGUACGACUUUGGCCUCGGUGUUGAAGGCACAGGUAAACUCUACAUUGACGAUGAACUUGUCGUAAGCAAUUUCAAGAACCAGAAGCGGGGAGAAACCUUCUUCGGGUCUGGGACUAUUGAAAAGAAGGGCGAAAAGGUAUUCACUGCUAGUCAAGAGUACCGCAUCCGUCUGGAAUGGGGAUGUGCCAAAACCAGCCAACUACCGCCUUUUGGCCCUAUAGGCGGCAAGCACGGUGGUUGGAGAGUCGGCUGCUUCAAGCGGACUGAUCCUGUCCAGGCCAUUGAAGAUGCUGUUGCAGUUGCCAAGACAGUUGACCAGGUUGUCUUGGUUGUCGGAUUGAACGACGAACUAGAAUCUGAGGGUACUGACCGCACACACAUGGACAUGAGCUACUCCUCGAACACUCUCAUCACCAAGGUUCUUGCAGCAAACCCCAACACGGCUGUGGUGGUUCAAUCAGGUACACCAGUUGGUAUGCCCUGGAUUGACGAUGCCAGUGCAGUUUGCCAUGCUUGGUAUGGUGGCAACGAGACUGGAAAUGCUAUUUCAGAUAUCAUAUUUGGUGACGUUAACCCUGCCGGCAAGCUCCCGCUUACGAUCCCGGCUAGACUCCAAGACAACCCUACAUUUUUCAACCACCGCUCCGAAGCGGGCCGUGUCCUCUACGGCGAGGACAUAUACGUUGGAUACCGCUGCUACGAGAAGAUAGAUUCCAAGCCUCUGUUUCCCUUUGGACAUGGGCUAUCAUACACGACCUUUGCGCUGAAGGAUCUCAGCGUGCAAGUCGGGGCCACAUCCACCGUAACAGUACAAUUGUCAAACACCGGAUUCCGCUCCGGCUCCGAAGUUGUCCAAGUCUAUGUUGCGCCACCGGCAAAUACUUCGGUUCAACGUCCUGUCAAAGAACUCAAGGCGUUCCGUAAAGCUCACCUGGAGGCGGGGGAGAGUAAGCAGGUCACAAUCUAUUUGGAUACCGUGCUCUCGACGAGCUAUUGGGAUAAAGCACGCAAUAAGUGGUGCAGUCAGGCCGCCUCUGCAACUUCCCCAACCUCGAGGGUCGUCACGCGCCAGGCUUGCGAUGUAUGCCGCCUCAGGAAACGGAAAUGCAGCUUUGGUACAGGCGGUGGCAUACACUGGGCAAAUACGGACCUUGUGCCAGACCCGACAACGCGAUGUGACAACUGCGAAAAGUCGGAUUCUCAAUGCACAUUUCAAAUGCCGUCCAAGGCCCGCGGCCCCAAGAGGAAGACGGGUUACCGUUACAGUAUCGGCACUGCUCACUCGGCCUCUGCUUCUCCAGAGGUUGAUGCAAGUGACAUUAUCAACGCAUCUAGUCCGCUCUCGCCACGGCCAUUCUCCAACCCUGGCUCUUACGUCCUCGAAGAACUGGCACCGGAGCCUUCUAUCGCCACCACCGCUUCGCCUGCAGGUUGUGCACCCCCGUAUCCGACUGAUGUAUUGCUCCCCCGAGACUUGAUUCACUUCAUUCUCAACGAUUAUUUAGUCCAUGUCUAUCCAUUGAUUCCUGUGAUACACCGGCCAAGCUUUAAAAUCGACCUCGACCGCAACAGCGACCUGCGCGAUGAAAGCUUCCUGACCCUGAUCAUAUCACUGUGCGCAUUAACGGUCUGCAUCCUUCCGUCACGCUUACAAACAUACCAGGACUUCUCCAGUCCUUUGCCAUUCCGCACGCGGACGGAAAUGGUCAACCACUGCUACAAAUUCAACCAGAGCUUUCGAGACGCAAGUUACUUCGAUACCAUCAGCCAUGAGAAAUGGGCUAGUAGCUUCUUACUAGGUAUAGCAUUCCACCAGACAGGCAAUACCAACCAGUGGCGGAUGCUUGAGGUGGAAGCCAUGCAGCUGCUACGUUUGCUAGAAGUGCACCGCGUUUCAAGCUAUGCGGGGCUCGACCCCAUUGAGGUCCAACUGCGGAAGAAGGCCUUUUGGCUCAUGUUUUAUGGAUAUGUUCACCAGAUGCACAAUUUGCGGAAUGAACGGUUAAUGUUUCUUGAUACCAUGCUUUCAUGCGAGCUUAAUCUCGAAGACCUGAUGCCUGCUCCCGUGGACGACGAGUACAUCUCCUCCAGCGGUAUACUCCCAUGUCCCGAGGACAUAGCCGCAGCCUCUUUAACCGCAGGUUACAACAUACAUUCCCGCAUCUUCGCGGCUGCGCUAAGGCCGCCGGGGUCUAAUGGGAAACAGACUUGCAUAUGCAGCCACUUGAAGGACCCCCAACAACGUCUCGUUUCACUCAGGGAGAGACUACAUCAUCUCAAAUAUAUGCUUGACACAGUACCAGCUGCAUAUGGAAUCUGGAACAAAAAGACCACUGCUCCAACUGUCCCGACCUCCGCCUCUACUACAUCUUCUACUCAAGGCGAGGAAGUGGGCAACAUUCAACGUGAGGCUAUUCGUGUCAACAUACAUAUCACACAUUUGUGGCUCCAGACGAUGGCACAACAGCAAGCCACGAUUCGGCAGCAAACUGCACAGCAAAUGGGAGCCGGGAGUCAGAAGAUGGGAUACCAGCAGAUGGGAAUGGGCCAACCCUACAGUGACAUUCCCGCCACUGACCCAAGCGACAUACACAUUCUCACUGGACGAGGAUUCAAUGUGACGGACUUUCUCAAAUAUCUGUGUGCCUGCCGAGAGGGUGACUUAUCUACUCUCGAGUCAAUUGUCGCCUCACAAACCCGUUCGCCACUUUUCCUUCACCAUGGCUUGCUGGAUGCUAUUAAACACGGCAAAGUCGAAAUUGUACGCUAUCUUCUCCAGUCUGGAACACCGAUUUCGCGAAACACCCCAGAAACUAUUCUCAGAGCCCCAGCGGAUCAACAAGUUGCGUUACUUCAGCUCUUUACUGAACACGGCUGGACAGUCAAUUCGCCAGAGCGCCUCCUGCCCAGGCUCAUUCAGACGAACAACGAACCACUGCUUGAUUGGUUUCUGGAACAUGGUGCAGAUCCCAACAUUGGUGGCCCUGAAGGAGAUCCAGAUCAAGCUCUCAGACUAGCAGCCUCACAGGGGACUACUAACAAGGAGGUCGAGGACACUCACGACGACAUCAUCGCUGUCAUCGUGUCUCUGGGCGGCAAGCCCGAUGUUGGCUGCAACAAGAAGCGAGGCCUGCUUGGACCUAUUGGUGAUAUCAUCAACAAGCUCGCGUGUAUGGCCCAGGAUCUUACCAACAUCUCGGGUAGCAUCAUUGCUGGUAACGUGCCUGCCGUCACCAGUGUUGUUCCUCAGGUACAGAGCCAGAACGAUGAUCUGACUGAGGAGGAUGAGGAUAAUCAGAGCCAGGAUGAGCAAAGCAAGGAAGAGUCCACCAAGCAAGAUGAGACGACCAAGAAGGAGUCUACUACAGAGGCGCCUACAACCACCGAAGCCCCUACUUCAACAGAGGAGUCAACUACCACUGAAGCCACUACCACGACUACUGGAAUGCUGCAAGUUUGUGGUGCUGACACUUGCGGUGGUGGUAGCGGUGGUGGAUCUUGUCCUAUUGGGUCUGGGGGGUCGAAAGGAGGACAGAUGGGCAGCGCGGCUGGCGAAGUCAACUGCAAUGACCUCUCAACGACUACCAUUGACGGACCCCUCCCUACGAACCCUUCUCAGACCAUCGACUUCGGUGACGAUCCCUUUACUGCUCCUACUGCCCGCGCCGAGUCUGCAUCCCUGCCCUCCAAGCGUGAUACAGAGCUCGGGGCUCGAGCGUUCAACGAUGACAUGUCUCCCAAUCCUUUCUAUGUUGCCUCCCUCACCCCCCUAUGGGUAGAUCAGACUGGAGCCACAGCUGGACACUGGUUUGGCGCUCCUCCUUUUGCUGGUAAAGGUUCUGCAGGAGUCAACGGGAUCUAUGGCUGUACCUCGGUCAUUGUCGUGUCUGACUUGGGUGUCUAUGUGUCUCACAUCUGGGAGAACCCUGUCUUUAUCGACAACUUCGGGAACCCCACGCCUGACGACGUAUUCCAGGCUACUACUUUCAACGCGCUUCGCGACGGCACUCUUGAUGCUUAUGCCGAAAGUAUUGCUGGUUAUGUCGGUACAGACCAAGCUCCCAGUGUGCUGCAUUCCAUGUUUCACCCCAGGGUUUUCGUUGUGACCCCCUUCACUACCGACUAUGAUCGUGGUCGUGGCGUGACCACCACUUUCCGCUACGAGGCACGUGCCAAUUACCUCGCGACUGCAGUCUCUGGUAUUGUUCCUGGGUCUGAUUAUACCGUUCUCGGCUACACACGAGUUGGUGAAGUAGAAUCUAAGGAGCAGUAUGGAACGUGGGGUCGCGCUAUCGUCGAGUAUGAUAUGCUUGAGGAGAUUGUUUUUGGGUCCGAUGAGAACGACAUGGGCCAGUUUAUGGGACGAUGGAGACUCUGGGUCGAGGACCAGCUUGUCACUUCACACAAGUUCCUCGUCUUCCCUGAUCCUAUCGCGGCCCCUGAAACUACACCUGCUGCUACACCUGCUGCCGGUCUGCGGAAGCGUGCCGAUGAGGAGGCUGCUAGCAAGUGCUUGGUACGUGGUGGCUCCACUGCUGCCACUUCAGCUGGACCCUCUUCUACAGACAAAGCUGCUACUAAUACAGCCGAUGCCACUUCCGCCGCCGAGACUUCAGCAGCCCCUACUACAGAUGAAAAGACUGCCGAGUCUACUGGAACAACCGCUGAGGAAGAGAAGACCACCGAGGCUGCGGGAACAACCACCAGCGAGGACAAGACUAUAGAGGCUACAACAACUCAAGCUGAACCGGUGCUGACAACCUCUACUCCAACCACCUUUAUCACUACUACCAGGCCCUCAUCUGAUGCCAUCACAACUGAUGUCACAUCUGAUGCAGCAACAACUAGUGAGGAAGUCCGCACAUACUACCCUUGUGUAAUCUACGGCGGACCUCGUGUCGACAAGCCAUACUGCCAAUGCAGCACCACAGUCUCUGGCAAGCAAUACGUCACUUCAGCUUCUCUGAUCGACAACAGCUGCGAGGACUACACUUCAUAUCCGUCCCCAGUUGUCCCCGUCACCGAGGCUCCAGCUACCCAAGCUCCAGUGCAGACUCCCUUCACUGAGACCAACGACGGCACGGUCUUGGUCUACUCAGCCUACACCCUCGACUACUUUAUGGCUUAUACUGUCCACGUCACAGCGACACGUGGCUAUGGUGUACCGUCAACUGUGUCCACGCCUGUGCCCACUCAAACUGCUGUUGAUAACGAUGGCAGCGGCCAGUGUGGAACAUCCGACAGUCUAUCAAAGAAGGGCUUGGGUGAGGCUUGUGAUAGAGCCAUCAAUGAGUUCGACGCCGACACUUUGUACAAGGGUUACACGACACGAUACAGCCGGUCUAACAAGGGUAUCCUUAUGGCUGCCUCUUUUGGCCAAGCUGCCUGUAUUGCCAAGUUUGAGUGCGAUGACUACGGCAUUGGAAUGAAGGGUAGUGACAUUAUUGCAGCUCGCGAGAACGCCAAGAAGAACGACGGUAUCUGGAUUUGUGGCCACAUUCGUCUAUCAAACUCGUGCAGCGUUGUCAUGGACUACUGCACAAACUGUAACAACAGGGGUUAG